GCGCACAGCACGGCGAGGCUUCCUCCAGAAGCAGCAGCAUUUAUGCUUCCUGCAAAGAAUCAAAGAUGGGUGUUUGGGGCCACCGCACCUUUUGAUCCUUCCCUUGCAGACGCCGCACUCUAGUUCGCUACUCGAGAAUCACUUUCCCAGCUCGAUUCCGCUCUCCAGAAAACCUAGGAGGUGGCGGCAUUUGUCUCCGUCGACGCAGGCAGAGGAGCUGGCAGAAUCUACUAGCGAUAAUUACAUCUGGCUCGAUGAUCUGGUUAAACAAACUCUUUAAAGGUUCAAAUUUGAAAUUUUCCGCUGGCCAGUGCCAUGGAAGACAUGCGGAUGAUGGCUUUUGGAAUAAACCCUCUAGUUCAUUGGGUAUCCAGCGGGAGUAUGAUGACGAAGACAUUGAUCAAGCUCUAGCACUUUCACUAUCAGAAGAAGAGCAGAAGAAAGGCAAAACUGUUGACAAAUCUCUUCUGGAGGAAGACGAACAGCUUGCAAAGGCUUUACAAGAAAGUUUGAAUGCUGAAUAUCCACCCCGUCAAAAUGGCCAAAUUUGUCAACCUAAUCCAUUUUCCUUUCCUUCAGUCUCCAGGAGAUGUGCUGGAUGCAAUAAAGAAGUUGGUCGUGGUCAAUCUUUGAGUACCAUGGGUGCUGUAUGGCAUCCAGAGUGUCUCCGUUGCCAUGGGUGCAAUAAACCAAUAACUGACUAUGAGUUAUCUUUGUACGAAAAUCGUCCUUAUCACAAAUCUUGCUAUAGGAAACUCUACCACCCAAAAUGUGCUGUCUGCAAGCAGUAUAUCCCUGCGAUAAGAGAUGGCCAUAUCGAAUACCGGGCUCAUCCUUUUUGGGGGCAAAGGUAUUGUCCUUUACAUGAGCGUGAUGGCACUCCUAUGUGCUGCAGUUGUGAAAGAAUGGAGCCAAGGGACACGAAAUAUGUUACUUUGGAUGAUGGUCGGAAGCUUUGUCUUGAGUGUCUUAAUUUUGCAAUAAUGGACACAAGUGAGUGCCAACCCCUUUACCUCGGCAUAAAAGAAUUCUAUGAAGGUUUAUAUAUGAAAGUGGAACAGCAGAUUCCGCUCCUUCUAGUUGAGCGACAAGCUCUAAAUGAAGCUAUGGAUGGUGAAAUGAAUGGGCAUCAUCGCCUCCCUGAAACUAGAGGUCUCUGUCUUUCUGAGGAGAAGAUUGUUAGAACUGUUUUGAGAAGGCCAAUAAUGGGGUCUGGACACAGACUUACAGAUAUGAUAACAGGGCCAUAUAGAUUGAUCAGACGGUGUGAUGUCACAGCAAUUCUUAUACUGUAUGGUCUACCAAGAUUACUAACAGGGUCGAUAUUGGCUCAUGAGAUGAUGCAUGCAUGGCUACGCCUUAAUGGAUAUGGAUCUCUCAGUCUAGAAGUUGAAGAAGGCAUCUGCCAGGUGCUGGCUCAAAUGUGGUUGGAUUCUGAGAUUGUUGCAGGUUCAGCUAGUAAUGUUGCCUCCACCUCAUCAUCCUCUUCGACUACCAGGCCGUCGAAAAAAGGUGCUCGAACUCAGUCCGAGAGAAAGCUGGGAGAGUGUUUCAAACACGAAAUAGAAGCGGAUGCUUCGCCGGUAUAUGGAGCUGGUUAUAGAGCAGCAACCAGAGCAGUCAAUCGGUAUGGUCUCAGACGUACUCUCGACCAUAUCAAAUUCACAGGAAGCUUUCCAUAUUGAAGGAACCCAUUUUGCUGGGUAAUAAUCUCUCUUUUUGCUGCUAUUGAAUUCUAUAGCUGAAGCUACAUGUGAUCAAAGGAAAAGAAUGUGAUGACAUAAAAGAAAAAUAAAGGCAAAGGAUAAAGAACUCUCUCUUUUUGUAAUCUGGAGCCUUUGAAGGAUAGAGAACUCUCUCUUUGGAGAGUUGCUUUCAAUAAUAGUGUUCUAAAUCAUAUAA